AUGGAGCCACUUGAAAAUUCGCCAAAGGUCCCGCCGAGAUCCAUACCAAGAUGGAGACUCGUCAUCGACCAAAGCUUGAUCACGCAGGAGAUCCGUGACUGGCACUACGAAGGUUCUGGGACCCCGGCGGACCCGUUCGUUGUAGACUGGAUCGAAAAUGACCCACGGAAUCCCAUGAGCCUACCUCUAAUGCAGAGAUGGAUCCUCGUGAUUAUUCUUUCCAUAAGCACCAUGGCAGUCUCGCUUGUCUCUUCGGGCUACGUUGGUGCUCUCCCGCAAAUCAAGGAGGCCUUCGACGUCAGCGACAUCAUGGCCAUUCUCGGCGUGUCACUUUAUGUCCUCGGCUUUGCCCUGGGCCCUAUUUUGUGGGCCCCAUUCAGUGAGGUCUAUGGCAGGCAACUCAUCUUUCUCGUCACCUAUGGCGCCAUGACCUUGUUCAACGUCGGGGCGAUAUUCUCGCCCAACAUCCAGAGCAUGCUAAUCAUGCGAUUCUUCGCGGGAACCUUUGGCGCCGCCCCUGACCAACACCGGCGGGGUCAUUGCCGACAUUUUCCCCGCCGCGCAACGAGGCAUGGCCAUCAACCUGUUCGCCAUCGCCCCGUUCCUCGGCCCCGUGCUCGGCCCCAUCGUGGGCGGAUUCCUUGCCAAGCCGGAGGAUGGAAGUGGGUCCUCAUCCUCAUGGCGGUCUUCUGCGCCGUGUGCUGGGUCAUGUGUGCCGCCCUGGUGCCGGAGACCUUUGCGCCGCUGCUCCUCCGAAAGCGAGCUGAAAGGCUGAGCAAGGAGACGGGGAAGCAGUACGUGUGCCACUUUGACAUUUCCAAGGGGCGCCCGAGUUUCAUGGACGAUCUCAAGGUUUCGCUCGUCCGUCCCUGGCUGCUUCUCUUCCAUGAGCCCAUCGUGCUUGCAUUGACCAUUUACAUGUCCAUCGUAUACGGUACCUUGUAUCUGCUCUUUGCAGCGUAUCCAUUCGUGUAUCAGCACGGUCGUGGCUGGAGCCAAGGGAUGAAUGGCUUGGCCUUCCUGGGGCUCAUGGUUGGGUUGAUCCUCGGAGUUGUGUAUAAUAUGAUUGAUAAUUCUCGCUACACCCGUCUCCUCGCCGAGACGGGAAGACCGCCCCCAGAGGCGCGUCUCCUGCCAAUGAUGGUAGGCUCCAUCGUCUUGCCAGUGGGCCUGUUUUGGUUUGCGUGGACCAACUCGCCAUCCAUUCACUGGAUGUCGAGUAUUGCCGCGAGUACCUUUUUCGGAUUCGCAUUCGCCCUCGUCUUCGUCUCGGCCAAAAACUACCUCGUCGAUUCCUACACGCUCUUCUCGGCCUCGGCCCUCGCAUCGACAGUCAUCAUACGAUCCCUCUUCGCCAUGGCCUUCCCCCUCUUCACGCCGUACAUGUACAGAAACCUCGGCAUCCACUGGGCGAGCUCUAUACCGGCCUUCCUCUCCCUAGCCUGUGUGCCAUUCCCCUUUGUAUUCCAUAAAUUUGGACCCACGAUCCGGAAGAAGUGCAAGUAUUCCAGAGAGGCCCAGCUGUUCCUGGAGCGCAACGGAAAAGCCGAACACUCAGAGGAAGAACCGACGUCGUCCGAAGUAGAUACGACGCAGAUGCCACAAAAGGGUUCGGUGGAAGCCAAACUUUAG